ACCACCUUUGUCCUCAUCACCCCCUUAAUCGCCCACCACAACUCUGCCAUGUCAUCGCCCUCAGUUCUCUCCACCAAUCACUACUUUGUGCCAUUCAAGCCAAGCACAAGUGUUCUAGUGGGUCUGUUAACCGCUACCUUCUCUCUCACCUUCCUUUUCCUCCUCUACAUCAAGCAUUGCAAUGAUGGCAACACCUUUGUCUCUCACUCAAGUUUCCAACCCUCACACGUGCGAAAAAACUCUGGCGUUGAUCGUGAUGUUCUAGAUUCGUUGCCGACUUUCAGAUUUGAGUCAUUGAAGGGGCAAAAGAAUGGACUCGAUUGUGCUGUUUGUCUCGGCAAGUUCGAGGAUUGUGAGGUUUUAAGGUUGUUGCCCGAGUGCAAGCAUGCAUUCCACAUGGGGUGCGUAGACACGUGGCUUUUCACACAUUCCACGUGUCCGCUUUGUCGCUAUAGGGUCGAACCUGACGGCGUUGUUGAUGGGUUAGAUGUCGAGAAAGGACAAGACAACGAUGUGUCGCGAGGAGAAAAUGAGAACGCAGGCACGACGUCGUUUAGGAGGUCGUUAGACAGUGUGGUGGAACAUGGGUUGGAGUUGGAGCAUCGUAUUAUUGUCUCACCUUGCUCCAAUUUGCGGGGUAGGGUUCACCAACGAUGGAGUGAUUUUCAGCCACGUGAUGCAUUGUACUUGACAUCAGAUAUGGUCACGUGGAAGGCACAUGGGGGAGGGGGAGGAAGAAGAAGGAGUGAUAGUAGUAGUAAUGUUGUUGGAGAGGUGAUGGAGAACGAUGGAGUGAUGAAGAAUGUGAGGAGUUUGUCAAAGGUGACAGGAAUAAGGAGUGUUCAAGGUUUACUAUUAUUAUUCUGACUUGGAUAUACUAUCACGAUGCGGUACGUGUUUAUCUCAUUGCAUGCAUGUUUGAAAAUACAAGUUCAAAGCCAAAAUGAUGCCAAUGACGUGAAAGUCAUCUCUAGUGCUUCACAUUUAAUGUAGAAAUUACAUCACAUAUGUAUUUCCAAAAUUGUUGUUAGUUCAAAAAGAAGAUGUUAAUACAUGAUGUAGAUUUUAGUUUAGAUAAAUCAUGCAAGAGGGAGGAGAAGAUAGCAUUUUUGGA